AUGAUUAAGCCUUGGAAGAGAGCCUUAAUCAUCAAGUUCCUCGGUAAACCUCCAGCUUUUAAUAUCCUCCAACAGCGUCUCUUCCGCUUUUGGAAUAUCAAUGACAAAGCGGUGAUGUUAGACAUUGGCGGAGGAUGCUAUGUUGUGCGAUUCACCCUUGCGGCUGACUAUAGACACGUCCUCUUGGACGGGCCAAGGAAGGUUUACAACUGCUAUGCCAUCCCACAAAGAUGGCAACCGGACUUUGAUCCCUUCACGGCAAAGAUGGAAAAGAUUACGGUUUGGGUUCGGCUUCCAGGGCUACCUGUGGAAUACUUUCAAGAAUCCAAAGCGAGGAAAAUUUUGAGUUUUAUCGAGAAGCCUAUGAAACUGGAUUUAAACACCUCCGGGGUGGAAAAAGUCAGAUUUGCAAGGGCUGCGGUUGAAGUUGAUCUCCGGAAGCCGCUUGUGUCUAUGGUCUGGGUGAGCGAUAGAGUCCAACCAGUGGAGUACGAAGGGCUCCAUGUUAUUUGCUUUGAAUGCGGGGAAGUUGGACAUGCCUCAUCCAAAUGUCCAAAAAAUGUGGAGACGGUAGACCCAAACCAAACUUCACAGAGACCAGAAGAGGUGAUGGAAACGUCUGAGGAUGGCGAAGAUCUCCAUGAAACGCCAAUUCUUGUGGAAGGUGAAUCUAGUGCAGGGAUCAUGGUCCAAAACAGAGAUGGUCCCAAACAAAGGGGAAGGAAUAAGAAAAAUUCUAAAAAGGCGAAGCCAACCAACAAGGAAAAGGGGACGCCAAUCCUUGUUACCACAGAAAACCAGCCAACAGCCAUGCAGCCGGCUGCUAGACAUCCUAAUAUGGGGGGUCCCUUUGUGUUCGGCUUGGCACCAGGCAGCAAUUCGGCUUCUCAUCUGUCGGGUGGUACUCCUCAAGGGUCAAGUUCUUUGACUACGCAUAAGGAAGGCGGUGUCCUAACUUCCUUGUCGCUGAAUGGUGAUCAAUGA